AUGGAUUUGGUAUCAUUGGUAAAUGAGUAUGAUUGUCUUCAUACUAUCUUAGAUAACCAUGCACCGAUUAAAUCCCGGGAAAUUACAUUGCGCCCUAAGGCACCCUGGUAUACUAACGAAAUCAAUGAUAAGAAACGAAUUCGGAGACAACUUGAGAGAAAAUGGCAUAAAACAAGGACGAAUGCUGAUUGGAAUCGCUAUAAACAACAAUGUUAUGCUGUAAAUAAACUUAUCGACUCCUCAAAAUCGGCUUACUAUACCGACUUAAUUAAUAAUGGAUCAUCUGAUCAAAAAACCCUUUUCAAGACUGUAAGCAAUUUGCUGCAUACAAAUGCGAUUAUUCGCUAUCCAUCUUCUCCUGACCCAAUGUCACUUGCCAACUCAUUUAGUGAUUUCUUCACUCAGAAAAUUGUUAAAAUACGAGGUGAUAUCGAUGAUGAACUCUUGAGUAAAAACAUAGAAAAUCCUAUACCUGAUGCUGAUUCAUGUCCUUAUGAAUUUCACACCUUCAGGGAGGUUGGAAAAGACGAAGUGCUCCAUUUAAUCCAACGUAUCGCAACUAAAUCCUGUUCUCUGGAUCCACUCCCGGUGGUCAUGCUAAAUCACUGUUUUAAAGACAUCUUACCCGUUGUAGUUAGAAUAAUCAACCUCUCCUUGGAAAGUGGUACAAUGCCUGACUCUUUGAAGAUUGCUGUUGUUCAACCGCUAUUAAAAAAGUACAAUCUUUCCUAUGAAGAAUUCUGCAGUUUUCGUCCAAUAUCAAAUCUGAAAUUUGUCUCGAAAUCUAUUGAGAAAGCAGUUGCUGUACAAUUAACUGAUUAUCUUACUGAAAAUCAUCUACAUGAGAAAUUCCAGUCUGCUUAUAAACCUUGUCAUAGUACUGAAACAGCGCUAUUGAGGGUUCAAAAUGAUAUCCUUCAAGCUCUAGAUAACGGUGAUUCUGUUAUUCUUGUCCUACUGGAUCUGUCGGCGGCUUUUGACACCGUGGAUCAUUCAAUGUUAUUAACAAGACUAUCGAAACGCUUUGGCAUAAGGGGUCGUGUGUUGGAUUGGCUUACCUCAUACCUUACAUCCAGGAAACUGUUUAUUCGUGUUGAGGGAACUGAUUCGUUAUUGAGUGAUCUUGAUUGUGGUGCACCUCAGGGAUCUGUGUUGGGUCCUCUGUUGUAUUCACUCUAUACUGCCCCUCUCGCGGAUGUGGCUAGGCGCCACAAUCUGCGCUUUCACUUUUUUUCUGAUGAUGGGCAACUUUACAUUGCAUUCAAAACGAAUGAUCGUGAUGAUUUAAUAUCAUCUAAGAUCCGUAUGGAGAAAUGUAUACUUGAAUUGGGAAACUGGUUGAUGUUGAAUAAAUUGAAACUAAAUAGUGGCAAAACGGAGCUUAUAUUAGUCCAUUCACGCUAUCAUCUGAUGCCUCCCUUAAAUUAUAUCAUGGUGGGAAAGGAAAAAAAUUGUGCCAACUGUUUCAGCAAGAAAUCUGGGGGUGAUUUUUGAUGAGUGGAUCAGAUUGGGCGAACAUAUUAAUGGUAUUUGCAAGUCAGCUUACUACCAUAUUAGGAAUAUUUCAAGAAUUAAGAAGUAUCUACCUCGAAAUUGCUUAGAAAUAAUUAUUCAUGCAUUUAUAACUUCAAGAUUGGAUUAUUGUAACUCCCUGUUGUAUGGUGUACCCAAAUAUUUGCUUCAGAAGCUUCAGAGAGUCCAAAAUACUGCAGCUCGUUUACUAACCGAUACUAAGAAAUCGGCGCAUAUCACCCCAGUUCUUAUCGAAUUGCAUUGGUUACCUGUCCAAUACCGUAUUCAAUUCAAGAUUAUACUUCUUGUCUACAAAGCUGUUAAUGAUCUUGCUCCAUCGUAUCUGAAGGAAAUUAUGCUGUGUCGUACUUCGCAGCGUACUCUUCGAUCAAAUGGAAAUGAAUUGCUCCAGAUUCCUUAUUCUAGACUAAAGACAUACGGAGACAGAUCGUUCUGUGUUGCUGGACCAAGAUUGUGGAAUGAUUUACCUGUUCAUCUUCGGAUGUGUGAAUCAUUAACCAUUUUUAAGAAGGUUCUUAAAACAUAUCUUUUUAACUUGUUUUUAAAUAGUGUAUGAUGUAUUCUAUAGUUUUAACAUUCUUAACACUAGUUUUUAAGAUUGGAUUUUGUAUUACUGUAAAGCGCCUAGAACAGUCUUGGUUUGUGCGCUAUAUAAAUGUUUAUUAUUAUUAUUAUUAUUAUUAUUAUUAUUAGUUUGUCUGUUGUUUGUUCGACAAUCGGUGACAUGUUUUUCUUUAUAUUUGCAAAAAAAUAUUGAACAAACCUUUUGCAUGUAUAAAAUAACUCAAACAUUUCUUGGCCAUCACAUCGAGUCACACAUUCGGCACAUGAAGAGAAACAUGAACAAUCAUGCACAAAGACAAUGGAACAAUCUGAAAACUGUUUCAACAUUGACUGUUUGACCUCGAGAUCGAAGCCAAGAAAUACAACAAUUUCACGCUAUAUACAUGUUGUGUACCGGUAUUGUUAUAUGACAAGCGUUUAAUAAAUUGUAUUUUCUUCUAUUUUUUGUUGUCAACGUUUGUAAAUUCAAUUCAAUCAAAAUCAGUUAGACAAGUACUCCCCCACCCCCUCCAGGGGGAGGAGCGAGGAUUAGGAAUUCCAAUUAUCAAACUCAGUAUAACUAUUUAGUUACGACUUGACGGGAACUAUCGCGGUCAAUCGUUUUCUUUUUAUAAAUACUCUUCAUUUUUCAUAGUCUUCACGUCUUCAUUUUUUCUUGCUACUGUCAGUACUGGACAUUUUAAUCUCUUUUGCUAG